AUGUUCUCAUUCUGGAUUUUUAUUCCCAUUAGAGAAAUCAUUAAUCUAUCUACAAAACCAGUUCUUCAUAUAAAACAUGAAGAAAUAAAAGAAUUGAUUUUGCAAAGAGUAUAUAUUUUAUGAUGAAUUUAUAGAUUGUAUCAAUAAAUUUAAAUAAGUUCUUUGAUAUUAAAAUCAUAUAUAAAAAUUCAAAUAUAGUAUAGAAAAGGAUAAAUUAGAUGACUUAAUAUUUCUCAACCAAAAAGAUCGCUGUUAGAAAAUUAGAAGAAAAACUUCCUCGUUUUCAAGUGAAUGACAGUGAUGAGGAUGAUUGUUUAGAUCAUAAAUUAAUAUAAUUUAUAUAUUUGAAGUAAUUAAAUCAAAUAAGACCUAAAUAAUUUAAACUCAAAUGA